CAGAUUUAGUUUUUUUUUUGGCUCUCAUGUUCACUCUUUCAUUCGCCUACCUCUGUACAACAACACCCGGCAAAAGUACGUCUGGACACUUUCAGCUCGGAUAUGUGAAGAGAAAAGUGUUUAAAAAAAAAAAAAGUAUAAAGUUUGAGCUGUGUCUCCACGUGGACUGACAGAUAUACGAUUAAAACCAACAGUGAACGAAGCGGAGGAAAAAAAGGAGUUUGGAAGUCAGUUUAACACCAGACUUCCCUUGGCGUCCUUUUACGGGGAUUUUAGAAAAAUAUACAGAAAGACUGGAUUAUGGAUUAUGAAGAACGCACACAAUUGUACAGAUUGCCCUGAAUAACUGCAAGAUUACACCCACUUUCAUGCACCUUUGCUAGAUCCAUCUCAUCUCCUCGCACCCUUGUGUUUCUGGCUACUGUUAAAAGAUGUUGUCCAGGCUGAGCGAGUGGUUCUGGAACGAGAGGCUGUGGUUUCCAGAAGGACUGGGUUGGGCUGACCUGGAGGAUCGAGACAGUCUCACCUACGCCAAGGCAUCUGACCUCUGGGUGUCCCUGCCCAUCGCCCUCGCCUUCCUCAUUAUACGACAGAUCUUUGAGAGGACAGUGGCCAUUCAGCUGGCCGCAGCUUUUGGCGUAAAGGAGAAAGUCAGAGUGCAAGCUGCGCACAACCCCACGCUGGAGUCGUACUUCAGAAUCACAAAUAAAAAUCCCAAACAGAGUGAAAUUGAGAGUUUAGGUAAAAAGACCGGGUACUCAGAAAGUCAGAUCCACAGAUGGUUCAGGCGACGAAGGAAUGAAGAGCGACCCAACAAGCUGAAGAAGUUCAGAGAGGCCAGUUGGAGAUUUACCUUUUACCUUCUUGCUUUCAUUGCUGGCCUUGCUGCACUUAUUGAUAAACCUUGGCUCUACACAAUGAAGGAGAUGUGGGCAGGGUUUCCAAUGAUGACGCUGCUGCCUUCUCAGUACUGGUACUACAUGAUUGAACUAGGCUUUUACAUGUCCCUUCUCUUCAGCGUCGCAUCAGACGUCAAGCGAAAAGACUUUAAAGAACAAAUAGUGCACCAUGUUGCCACCAUCCUGCUGAUUAGUUUCUCCUGGUGUGUGAACUACAUCAGAGCAGGAACCCUCAUUAUGCUGGUGCAUGACGCCUCCGACUAUCUGCUGGAGUCUGCCAAAAUGUUUAACUACGCCGGCUGGAGAAAAGCGUGCAACUAUAUAUUCAUCGUAUUUGCUGUCAUCUUCAUCAUCACCAGACUCGUCAUCUUCCCAUUUUGGAUUUUGCAUUGUACUUGGGUGUAUCCGGUGACCGUUUAUCCUCCGUUCUUUGGAUAUUACUUCUUUAAUGGGCUGCUGUUUGUGCUGCAGUGUCUGCACAUCUUCUGGGCCAUACUCAUUCUGCGUAUGGCCAUCAAAUUCUUGCCAGGCAAUGAUAUUGUGGAGGACGAGAGGAGUGACCGAGAAGAAACGGACACGGAGGACGAUGAGGAAGAACAGGAGGACAGGAAAGCGCCAGUGAAAAAUGGACCAGUGCAGAACGGCCACUCUCCUCUAAACAACAACCAUCACCGCAAGAACGAGUGACACUAGCAGAGACCAGAGAGGAGGUACACAUGGACGAGACCUGUAGACUAAUGGAUUGAAAAGGCCCAGAGCCAACACGCUCACAAUACAUGUAGAUAUAUACAUGAUACUCAUUUUUUGGAAAAGGACAUACUUUGAAAAGGAGGAAUGAUGUAACUUUUUUCCCCCUUUGCAAAUAAUUGAAAACACUAUAAAUAAGCACCGUAUCAUUUCAAUAAUCCUUUGUUUGUUCAGGGUCUUGUCUAAUGUUAGUGAAUACAACGUUCACUUGCUUUACUGGAAAUAUUUCCUCUAGUUUAUUAGGUGUUCAGUGCCUUAUUAGUUCAAAGUUGUGCUGAUGUUCUUUUCAUUUCCUUUUUGUCUUUUGGGCAUCACGCACACACACACUGUUAGCCUCCCAUUAUUUGUCAGUAAUACGUUUUUUGCAUGUUUUGUCAGGUCAACUGUCAAAUUUCCAAGAAUCCCGCAGUAUUGAGGAUAACUAUAAAGAUAAUGAUAAAGAUAUAGUUCUAAAAAUCAUUCUCAAUAUUAAAGAAUAGCGGAGUCCACACCACAACUGUAACGAUAAAGACAAAGAGGAACGAUAUCGUUGGAAUCACUCUCAGAAUGUUUUUUUUUUUCUGAUGAAUGAUAAAAACAUUGACAUCCAAUCAGAAUAAAUCCUGCUGAAAUGAGCUCGAGACUUUAAAGCAGCAGACGCGCUUAGAAUAAACAGACGAUAUCGUUCGCUGGUGUGGACGCUGAUAUCGUUAUUUUUAUAGUUAUCGUUCUUGGUGUGAACGGGCCUUUUAGAGUUCUGAAGUUGCCAAAAACUGAUUGGAAUGUUUCGUUUUGUUUCGUGUCACCCAUUAGUUCUCUAUAUAAUAACAAUCUCACCAAUUGACCUUCACACACCUGCUUUACUGAGAAAACUUGAUCUUCCCCCAAUCCAGUUGCACUAAUACUGACCCAUUCUUGCAACACUACCACUUUACAGAUACACAGAGAUUUGUACUGCCAUUGUAUCACGUCCCAAAGAGCUAAAUCAGUGUGCUGCUUUUUGCAUUCAACAUUUGUCUGUUGAGUUCAUAACAAAGCAGCAAAUGUGUGUGUGAAAGAAUCUCGUAUCUAAUAUUUGUGUUGGUCGGCGUGUGUCCUGUAAAAAGGCAUUCUUAAAUAUAUUAGUAACACAGUUAUUUUAAAGUGUUUUUUUUUUUUUUCAUUUAAGGUUAUUUUUUAUUUAAGGUCCAGAUAUUUUCAGGAAACCUGAUAAGCUGAUCAUUUAUGCAGUAUGUGGAAAAUGACUUUGUAAAAUGCAAAAAAAACAAAGUACUUGGCAGGAGAACCUGUAGUUAGUGUUUUUCUCUUCCAUUUAUCUGAUGAAUAAUUACAAUAACAAUCAGUAUUGAGUGCUGGAUGCACUUUGUAACUCUUGUCUAAUGUAAAAUGCAUUAUAAUGAUUGUGUUGUUAGCAAACGGUUUGACAUAAUUGAAUCUCUGGCUUGCAUUUGUUGUAUUUAUGGGAAAUGGAUUUCAUAGUUAAAAAAAAAGGUUAUGGAAAUGAUCCAAAAUGUAAUGUUUGCCCAGUGUCUGGUGCUUUACAUGAGAUCAUGUUAAACCUUGAAGGCAGAGUUCAUUGUCAAUAUUUACUCAGCAUCAUUUUGCUCCAAAACCUGACUUUUCUUCUGUGGACAACGAAAGAAACUUGGUGUGCAAACAACACUGGACACCAUUGACUUUAAUUGUAUGGACAAAAUAGUUCAUCAUUUAUGUUUGCAGAAGAAAGAGGGUGAAAAAACGAUGUCAUCAUGUUCAUUUUCGGAUGAACUGUACUUUUAAGUGUCAUCUCAUGUUUUAAUUUAAGCAACAGGUUUACAAAUUGUGGUCCAGUAUUUCUUUUGUUAAUAUAUGAAAGUCAAUGUCAAUACAGGUGCUCAGCAUGUAAUGCAUUUUAGCAUUUUUGCCAGAUUGGCUUUACAAAGUUAUUUUAAGUUUCCAAAAGUUGUCACAAGUGCCUUAUUUGUAAAUGUAUGUGUGUCAUUUGCUCAUGUGCUUGUCGUCCUUGUGUUCCUGACCUCAUGGCUUUAAGAUUUUAAGCUGAACCAUCCUCCUCUCUCUCACUCCUUCUCUGUUUACAUCCAUUCAACCUCAUCUCUCCCCGCGGCCCGGUGAGAAGACCAAACCUUCCCCUUCACCACUUCCUGUCCACAGUGGGUCCACUGCAUAAACAAACUAUUUGAUCUGUGUCCCAACUGCCAGUAUUUUGUAUCAUUAUUCAGUGACGAAAGAUAAAGAUUCUUGUGGAUGGGA